AUGCCCAAGAAUGCGGUGGUCAUCUUGCGCUAUGGCCCAUACAGCGCAGUUGGCCUGUCUGUGGAGCACCGCACGUUCCGCCUGGAGGGCCUGCAAGCUGUGCUGGCUGAAGAUGGACAUGAGGUCAUUCUAGAGAAGAUCGAAGACUGGAAUGUGGUAGAGCUCAAGGUGAAUGAAGAAGUUAUCUUCCACUGCAACAUCAAAGACUUGGAAUUUGGAGGUGAUGGUAAACUAGACCCUCUGUGCCAACAGGCCAGAGUAGCUGUGCUAAAUGCCUACUGA